CUGCUGCCGGUGGACCAUUUCUUGCUACUGAUAUGCGGAACAGUUGUUCCAUACUCCCAUGUUGCACGUAGGAUAACUUUUUUAGCGGAAGUGUGUGUCCGCUUUGUGGUCCGUGUUUACAGAUUUGGCAUGUUUAGGACACUUGGAGAAUUUUGUAAUACACGAGCUCUAGUACUUGUUAAAGAUUGGUUUGCCAAUUACCAAGUGAUGAUUGUAAAUUAAUAUGCUACAAAUGAAAUCGAAUGUAGCAGGCUAUGUUUAUUAACGCAGUAGGCUAAUGUAGUUCUGAGGAGUUGAGCAGGCAGACCCGUCUUCAAUGCUUGAGUUUACUUGACUGACCCCUCUGCGUUCGGUCGGUCCAAGACAGAUCAACAGCGACAGCGAAAGACAAUUAGGGGCAGCAAUGAAACUGAAAGAGCUCGAAAGCUGCCUCCAGCAAGUGGACGUGUUCGAGAAACCCAAAAUUCUACUUGAACAGUAUCCAACAAGUCCUCACAUAGCAGGUUGCAUGCUUUACACCAUCCAUAACACAUUUGAUGACAUUAAGGGCAAGCUGGUUGCAGAUUUGGGUUGUGGAUGUGGAGUCCUCAGUAUUGGAGCCGCAGUGCUUGAUGCCGGGUUAUGUGUUGGUUUCGAGAUUGACGAAGACGCAGUGGACAUAUUUAAAGGAAAUGUUGAAGAGUUUGAACUGUCAAACAUGGAUGUGGUCCAGUGCGAUGUAUGUUCUCUUGAAACAAUGUCAUUUGCAAAGAAAUUUGACACAGUCAUUAUGAAUCCUCCUUUUGGCACAAAACGUAAUCAAGGUAUUGACAUGACAUUUUUGAAGACUGCAAUAAGCAUGGCAAAAACAGCUGUGUACUCUCUUCACAAAACAUCGACACGGGAACAUAUACAGAAAAAGGCCAAUGAUUGGAAUGUGGAAAUGGAAGUAAUAGCAGAGCUCAGAUAUGACUUGCCUGCAACAUAUAAGUUCCAUAAAAAGAAAUCUGUUGAUAUUCAGGUGGACUUCAUCAGAUUCUCACUGAAAUGAAGUCUGGGCUUGGAGCAGUUGAAUACUUUUGUUUGUUUUCUUUCUAAUAUGUGAUGUAUCAUGACCUUGAUUUUAAUAAAUUGUUAAAAAUAUUCCAGAUUUUCCAUGAAAAAUCCACAUU